CCUCUAUUUGCCAUCCAUCAAGCCAUAUCCCAGUAUGGCUCGCCAUAGCAAGUCAAAGGCUCGUAUGAAACGGGCCCCUGCAACGGCCAAAUCAUCGCCACAUCGGUUCACUAUGCAGCAGGAGGCCCGCAAUACUGAGACACAUACCCGAAGCUGGUCACAUAGCAACCUUCGACACAAAGCAGUUCAGUUCGUGAGCGCGGGACAGUUGCAGCGAACCGAGCAGGACGUUGAGGAAGAAGGAGGCAGUCAGACGGAAAUCCAGUUGGAGGUAACAGAGCUGGAAAUACAAGGAACGUCAGAAGCAAAGGACGAUGCCAGUGACAAUCUUUUCUUCCUUGAUACUAUAGGGGAGGAGGUUGUGCACACGGGUCUUCCAGACCCAACGUUGCACUCGGAUCUCUCUGACACCGAAGGCAGUGAAGAUGAAGUUGUGUUUACGGGACGUCGGAAGCCCAUAGCGAUCGAAACAGACGAGGCAGAGCUUCAAGAGUAUUUGCAAAGGACUCAGAAUGUGCUGCUCCAGGCAGCGGCCAGCUCAGAAGACUUGCAGCCCAAUCACCAGGUAAUUGUCGCUGAAACAUCACCAGCGCCACGGACACAACAGGAACACCACCCGCUAUCAGAUAGGGAAGCCAACAAGUCGGCAGAUAGUAUGGCCGAUAAAGACCAUGGCUACGACCAGGAACACGCUCAAAUGUCCACCGAAGGUGAAGGUGGUAUCGGAGUGGGUAGACCCCUUUCAGGAUCAGAGCUGGACACCGAAGGAUCUCAAAGCAUCCAGACUGAAACUUCAAAUAUUCAACUGGAGCAGCGUAUUUCCAAUGGUCGGCCAGUUGAAGACGCCGAAGACGCCGAAGUCAUAGGGUCGAUCGAUGAACUUUCCAAAAUGUACCUGGACACCGAACCGGACUCGUCAACCACUUCGGAGGAUGACGACGCCGAUCUAGAUUCACCUGACGAAUUUGACGAAGAUUCGGAUGAUAUGGACGAUGAGGGAUUACUCGAAGAAUUGGCCGCCAAUUUCUCUGCAGAGAAGAAAGGCAGCCGUGGAAAACAUACCUUUCUAUCGGCGACAGCAUUCGCAGACGCGCUCGACGCAGACCCAUACUAUGGUCUCGAUAUCAUGGAUUUCGACCGGCCUAGUCUACAGAAAAGACCAAAGGGCAAGAAAUCACACCUACUCGAGGGUAUUAUACUGUCCGACAGUGAUCUAGACAACAGUGACCUAGAGAUUCUCCAAGACGUCUGGGAAACGGACCGCAAGAAAAAGAAGGCGAAGAAACAGGAGCGAGAAGAGCUUCGUUCACAAGGCCUGUUAGGCAGGAAGUCCGGCGAUCCGGAUCUGAAGGUCAAAUAUGCCAAGGGAAUGAACCUGGAUGAUCUGAUCUCUGAGAUUCGGACAUUUCUCCUGUCCCCUAAGAGCAGCCUUGCACUGCCACCUAUGACCAAACACCGUCGAAAAACCAUUCAUGAGCUGGCAAACAAAGUGAAUUUGAAAUCGCAAUCCCGGGGUAAUGGGUUGACUCGCUUUCCCAUUAUCCUGAAAACAUCCCACACCCCCAAGUACACUCGCAAGACGAUCCCCCAGUUUGACAAUCUUUUGUCAGGAAGAAAGCUGAAUCGUCGGCUUUACCAGUCAUGGGGCCCGGAUGCGUCCAGGCCAUCUAAAGCCAAGCGGAGUGGCGGUAGUGGUGCUGUGUCUUAUAUGGAUGGCGAUGUGGUUGGAGCGUCAGCGCCCGAGAUUGGCGCAGGAAAUCGAGGACGGGCCAUGUUGGAGAAGAUGGGAUGGAGCAGUGGCACGGCUCUUGGAGCCUCCAAUAACAAGGGAAUCCUGCAGCCUGUUACCCAAGUAGUCAAGAACUCAAGGGCGGGUUUAGGCUAGGGAGUUUAGAUGUUUCUUUCUUGACGCCCCCUGCGAUCAGGUC